CUCUGACGCCUGCCCGGGGCGAUAGCGGAGGUGAAAGGGCGCCUGGCGCUCCCCCGCGGGCUCGGGUCAAUCGUUAAUCGGGAAGGGAUCGCUCUCCGCUCUCGCAGGUAACCUCUCCUCCCCCCGGCUCCCACGCACGGGCCCGUGCCCGCACACAGAAGCGGCGGCGGGGCGGAGCUGCGGGCACGGCCAUGGGACGCUGAGCGCCGGACGAGCCGGGCCAGAAGCCGCCGAGCCUCGGGGAGGGCUCAGCCAGCCCCCGCCAUGGUCUCCAUGGGGCUGCAGCUGCUGGGCUACGCCGUGGCCUUCCUGGGCUACGUUGGCACGCUGACGGCCACGCUGCUGCCCAGCUGGAAGAGCAGCGCCUACGUGGGAGCCAGCAUCGUGACGGCGGUGAGCUUCACCAAGGGGCUGUGGAUGGAGUGUGCCACGUACAGCACGGGCAUCACCCAGUGUGACAUCUACAGCUCCCUGCUCAACCUGCCCGCCGACAUCCAGGCGGCACAAGCGCUGAUGGUGAGCUCCUGCGCCGUCUCGUCCCUCGCCUGUCUCCUCACCGUGGUGGGCAUGAGGUGCACGGUGUUCGGCCAGGGCUCGCCGGGCAAGGACCGGGUGGCUGUGGCGGGCGGCGUGGUCUUUGUCCUCGGGGGGCUGCUCUGCUUCGUCCCUCUGGUGUGGAACAUCCACGUGGUGCUGCGGGAUUUCCACAACCCCGUCAUCCCCGACGGCAUGAAGUUCGAGCUCGGGGAGGCUCUUUACUUGGGCAUCGUCUCCUCCCUCCUCUCCCUCGUCGGCGGCUUCAUCCUCUGCAGCUCCUGCCCUGCCCGGGACCCAACAGCCAGCUACACGGGUACCUCCCGAUCCCGCCUGCUGGCGGCCAAGAGCCCCCGCGCCUCCGUCAGCCACACGCAGAAGACCAAGAGUGAGCUCAACUCCUACAACCUGACGGGCUACGUGUAGCAGCUGCAGCUGGGAACCGGGGCUGGCAGCUCUCCCGGUUCCCGAGGGGGCACGGGAGGAGCGGAGCACCGGGCAGCACCUCCCGUGCUCGGGCUGCUCACCCACGUGCCUGGGGGGUUUGACCCCGCUCUCCCCGGGGGAUCCCCGGAGCUUUGGGACUGCUCAGAGAUCCCAGUGAGCCGCUCACAUCUCUGACGAUCCCCAAACCCAGCUCUGUCCCUGUGCUUACCCGCCUGUGGGCAGCCUGGCACAGCGGGACCCUGGCCUGCAGCCUGCCUGGACUCGGGGAGGUGGGGGGUAGGGGAGAGCUUGUGCCCCCAGGGACCAGCCCAAUGGGCACAGAGGCGUCAGAGCAGGGUGAAGGUGCCUGUGUGGGUCUGGAGCUGCUG